AUGGGUAUUCCAUCACACCUGCCAGACACUCGUGCCAAUCUUUUUGGCAAAACUGCCAUUGUUACUGGCGGUUCUCGUGGUAUUGGGGCUGGGAUCGCACUGGAACUUGCGAAUCGAGGCGCAAAGGUUGUUAUCAUAUACACAUCGUCCAAGAGCGAAGAUACUGCCAAUUCGUUGAUAAAACGCAUAAAUACCCUUGGAAAUGGCGCAGCAGCAAUGAAAAUCAAAGCUGACCUCUGCGAGGCAUCUGCUCCAAGACAUAUCGUCCAGGAGGCUCUUCCAUUCGUCAAUGGCAAGAUCGACAUCGUGGUGAACAACGCGGGCGUUAAUUGUAUGAAGUCGAUUACGGAAAUCACGCCAGAAGUCUAUGCUUCGGUUUUCGACUUGCAUGUGCGCGCUCCGAUUCUCAUGAUGACAGAGGUGCUUCCAUAUCUAAGAUCACCCGGGCGAAUCGUCAAUAUGAGCUCUAUAGCUGGACGGGGUAUUUUUCAAGAGCUAUCAUUGUACUGUUCGUCCAAAGCAGCAUUGGAAGGGUUAACACGGGCUUGGGCCACGGAACUGGGGCCGAAAGGCCAUACCGUCAACGCAGUCAGUCCGGGUCUCAUCCAGACGGAUAUGUUGAGCGGUCUCGCCGAAGAUUAUUUUGAUGCAGCCAAGGCUCAAACACCGAUGGGGAACCGUAUUGGCACAGUGGAUGAUGUCGCUCAGAUAGUCGCGUGGCUGGCAAGUGAGGAAAGCAGAUGGGUGACAGGACAGGUUCUCAGUGCCAGUGGUGGAUGUGCAAUGUAUUAG